CCAAGCCUUUUCAAUGCCUUGCCCUCCCGCUCUCCAUCCAUUCGUUGUUCGAUCUCCAGUCGUUCCUUUCUUGCUUGUUUUCUGUCUCAGUAGUUGCAAUCAUGUUAGAUUUUGAAUCUGGCAAUCGAUUGCUCAACGCAAUGCAGGCUUCUCCACUCUUGCAAUCGCUAUGCAGCGAUCCAAGCCAACUCGCUCCCGCUAUGUUCAUCCUCAGUGCGCCAUUCAAUCUCUACCAACUUGCACAAGGCUGUACCUAUAUCCCCACCAUAUCUGGAUUACAGUGGUGGAGCAAAUUUGCCAUCGCAGGCAUUUUAAUGUCAGUGCAACUGCAAUUGCAAAUACAGCUUCCUGGUGAUGCAUCGGAGUCUGUUAGAUCCGCGCAUGCAAUUGGAUCCUUGGAGUCUAUUUUGUUGUGCAUUUCACUCCCUAUAUUUCACUGCUGUCCUCCUUCUCCCUCACUCCUGCUAAGUAUCUAUCUACCUUUGAGUAUUUGUCUCAAAGCUAGAUCAUUUUGGCUUUCUCCAUCCAACUCAUCAUCCGAACUUGCAUCUAUACUGCUCAGGGUUGUCUUCUUCGUGCUACAUGAGCAACCAAAAUGGUCCCAAAUUCCAGAGGAAAAUCGACAGUAUCUCCAAGAGCAGGACACACUUGGCUUCUGGACGAGAUCUGUUUUACUCUGGGUAUUUCCACUUCUAGUUCAAGCUAGAGCCGGAGAGUUAGCUCUAAGUAUGCUAAUGAAACCACCGAAAGGACAUACCCCGUUUGCUCUAAACCACCGAUUCCAAACAAGAUGGGCAAAAGCUGGGCAAAAGAAGAAUGCUCUGUUGAAAAUAUUUCUCAGAACGCACUGGUCCAUCUUUCUUCGCGGUAGCAUUGCAGCAUUUCUUGUGAAAGCUUUGAACCCUUGUGUUGCGUUUUUGAUUGAGCGCUUCACUAGAACACUGGAAGUGAGCCACAGAGAUGCAAAUUCCUCAUUCAGCCGUUCAGUGGAGGUUUAUCAGCUGACACUACAAAUGUUUUGCCUUCUUUUCGGUCUGAUGGUGAUGCGAGCCUACUCGGCAUCUAUUGAUGCCGAGGUCAAAGCUCGUCUUAGAGGUCUAAUCACCAUGGCCACAUUCAGCAAAUUACUUUGGCUUUCAGAUCAAAGUUUGUCACAAUUCUCAGACUUUUCUUUGCUUCGCAACGAUCUAGUCAUUGUACAGAAUAGUGUCAAGGCUCUUCAAGAUAUUAGCAUCAGUCUGCUUAGUGCAGUGUUUUGCUCUUUUAUCCUAUGGCAAUCCAUCGGUCUCAAUGUGGUUGCAGCAGUCUUGACAGCUCUUUGCUCAGUAUUUCUUUGUAGCCUUUUGGGAGAGCAAGUCGCAGUUAGCCGACAGCAAUGGGGUAAAGCCUCCAAGGUUCGCGUGGCCGAGAGCGCCAAGCUUAUCGAAAGUAUUAAAUAUGCGAAGAUGACUGGCGCUACCAACAUUACAACGUUUAUCCUAAAUCGACUACAGAAAGCUGAAGCUGCCAACCGAGACGCGUGUAUGAAGAAAAAUACUUUUCGCUUUAUGUUCGUGGUAGGAACGCAUGCCAUUAUACCAAUUUUUGCUCUCGGAAACGACCUCUUCAGGACUGGGAUAUUGGUCAAUAUUCCUCUUCUUCUCAAAAGUGUUGCCCUAAUCUAUUGGUUCUCCGAAGAUUUAACAGUGGUUCUUCAAAUUCCCGAGGUCUGGGCAGCGGCUGUCUCGUCCUGUUCACGGGUAGAGGAUAUUCUGCGCACUUCAGCUCAUGAGAGUUCAGCCACUCCGAUGAGGCACAUUGAACCUGCACAACAAAACCGCUUCACAACAGCGAUCGAGUUCCAUAAUGUCAGCCUUGCACCAGCUGCGGAUCGAGCGCCUGUGUUGACGAAUGUGUCGUUGUCAAUUGUUCGUGGUAGCUUCUCGGUUCUUACCGGUGCGACAGGCAGCGGGAAGACUCUCUUCGCCCGAGGCAUCAUUGGUCGCGCUCACAAAACUCAAGGCACCAUAACAGUUCAAGAUGCAGUAAUUGCCUAUUGUGGUCAAGAUGAGUGGCUUGUUAACGGAUCUGUCCGUCAAAACAUUAUUGGGGACAAUGCAUACGAUGACGCGUGGUACACCUCUGUUAUGACAGCCUGUGUUCUACACGAAGAUAUCUCAUGUCUUGAAAACGGCGAUGAAUAUGUGGUUGCAUCACUUGGAACUAACAUCGAGCAUGCAUUUCGACAAAGACUUGCCCUAGCUAGAGCGAUCUACUCGCGGGCUCCAUUGCUUAUCUUGGACGACUUUCUUAGUAGUCAAAGCCCAUUAACAUCAAGGCGAUUAGUUGCCCAGUUGUUCGCGUUAGGCGGAAUAUUGGCUAAUGGUAGAACUGUUCUCGUCACAACGUCACAUCCCGAACCAUUUUAUGAUUAUUGUAACCAGAUAUUACAUAUAAACGAGUAUCGAUACAUUGUGAGACGCCUUAGCCCGAUACUACGCGGUCCACGCCCCCCCCAAAACUCAGACAACGCCGAUCAAGACCAGCGCUGCAAUACCCAUCUACCAGCAGCUGGGGACGAUCCUGCGCCAGAUGGCAUUGCAUCUCAGUUGCGAAAGGUACCUACUGUUACAACUGAUUAUCAACCCAUUUCUUACUCGGUCUAUCUGCGACAAUUUAACUACCCCGUGCUUGUCGCUUGGCUGCUGGCGCUUUUUGUCACAGCGUUUUUAGAGGGUAUACCUCUGAUAUAUCUUCGGAUAUGGCUUGGUGCGAUCACGCCAACCCAGUUUCCGUUUAUGCAAUGCUUUGCGUUGACACUUCUGAGUGGCUUGGCCUUCGGUAUUAGCGGAUACCUGUUCAAUGUCAAGUUAGCUGUUAAAGCAGCGCAGUCACUUCAUGAUAGACUUCUUCAAACGAUCAUCGGCUCAACCAUACCUGCCUUGAGCUUGGGUAAAUUGAAACUAGCCAUUAACCUAUUCAAUGAGAGUAUCAGCACUGCCACGAGGGAUUUACCAAGCAACGUAUUCCAAGUAACAUACGGACUCAUGACAACGAUACAAGUCAUCGGCGUAAUGUUUUCAGUACAUAAAUCAGGUCUCUGGAUGGCUGUUGGUAUCCUAUCAUCUCUAUGCGGUAUCCGGAGCCUUUACUGUUAUGCUGCGCAGCAGCUAAAGUUCUUACAGCUAAGUACGACUGACGAUUUGCACGGCUAUUUUGCCGAGACAGUGACAGGUGUUCCUCAUCUACAAUGCUUCCGUUCGCAGCGAUUACAUUUGCAACGAGUGCGCAAAGCUAUCACCAACACGCAGAUAGUGUCGUAUAAUCUUGAUUCUCUAGAGGCCUGCAUGGCUAUGAUGGCAGACAUGUCCACGCUGUUGCUAGUUACAUCGUUUGUCUACAUUUUGGGUCACGCAGAUGUUCAUCCUCACCUCGCUGGAUUUGUACUGGUAUUGCUUCUCUAUACAAUCCAGAUUAUUCCCAGAAGGAUCAAGCAAUGGCAUAACAUGGACAUGGCCAUGCUUGACUUGCAACGAGCGGAACAUUUUAUCUCUACAACCCCCCAAAUGGAUGCGGAACGACAAAAGCCAGCGCUACCAGCCAACUGGCCAGCUCAAGGUCUUGUUGAGUUUGAGAAUGUGUCUAUUGGAUACAACCCUGCUGGCAAUAGCCCUGUUAUUACCAAUGCAACUUUUAAACUUGAGGGUGUCCAAAAGGCGGCUAUACAUGGACCACGCCAAAGCGGUAAAACGACAUUGGUAUUGUCCAUGAUUUUACUCCUCCCUUAUGAAGGGUCGAUUAAAAUUGACGGCAUCGAAGCUCGAGAUAUCCCCCGUGACAAGUUCAAACAGAUAUUCACCAUUAUUCCGGAGUCUCCCGUUGUAUUCCCGUCUUGUUCAAUUCGUCAAAACCUACUCACUGACGAAAUUAUCGACCCUGUUCGUGCGGAUGCUGCCCUCAACCCUGAUGGCAUCCGCUUCCUGUUUGACGACAACAUGGAUGAAAGGCUCACCUUGAUAACUAAGGUCCUUCGCGGGGUAGGAUUAUCAGAUAUUGUCACGAACUCCGGUGGUGUUGAUUCAAAGUUUUCAAGUCUUGUUCUAUCCCCAACACAGCGUCAAAAGUUUUCUCUUGCCCAGGGCUUGGCCAAACAUUAUGCGACACGGACCAAGAUGGCUAUUAUUGACAGCACAACUAGUCAUGUCAAUACAGCGGGACUAGAGCGCAUGAUUUCGCUCAUUGACGAGAUUUUGGGUGUGGACCCCGACUGUAUGGUCAUCACGCUGGCCAGCCACUCUGAUGCAAUCGAAGGGUCACAGUAUGUGGCUCGAAUUGCAGGUGGUAGAGUGGUCAAGUUCUUUGUUGAAAGUAUGCUGCACAGGAAGAAGACUGCUAAAAACAGAGUCUUAAAAAGAAGUCUAAAGAGUCCAGCUACGUUAAGCGAAGAGGAACUCGUGGGCGAGGUAGCAAGAAGAAGCGAACAAGGCAGGCGUGAAAGGGGACGAAGGCAGCGGACACCGUCACCUGCAUCUUCAUCGUCGUCUGCGGGUUCUCAGCCAAAUCCAAAUGCAGUGGCCGGCCCAAGUACAUUGCCAGCAGCACCGCCACGGCCUUUAUCACCACAGUCAUCAUCGUCGCGGGCUCCAUCUCCUACUUUCAACCUUACGCCAGAGACUUACAGCACUCGCCGAACAAGUUGCUCCCCUGGAAGUGGACGGCAUCCUGAACCUCUCCCCCAGGCAUCUUCAUCAAGCAGACCACGAAUUGAACCAGCGCGCCGUCGCAGGGGCCGAACAAUAAGACCUCCCCCAGUAGUCCGCCCAAGAAGCCCCCCCAUAUCGGAUGACAGCGACGACGACACACUACCGGAAAUCCCUGGCUGGAUGGUUGACUUUGCAGAUGACUCCAUCAGCGAGUUAAGACGGCAUGAGUUGUAUACCCGAAUCUUUGAAUAUGGAAGCUUAAGGAUGGAGAGGUUGUUACUUCGACACGCCCAACGCGACAAUGCGAUCUUGCAGCAUUUCCAUGAACUUCACCACAGUGACGAGCCACAUAUUCUCCAACAGCAAGUAAGGGACAUUCAGAAAGUGACGGGAUUCUACCACAAACUACAGAGUGCGCUCGUGGUGGCGCGUUACGCGCGACAACAAGGACGCUGCUAGAAAAUGUAUAUGAAGAGGAAUCCGUGGAUUUGUGAUUUACUUUCAUUUUUUGCUUAUGCUCUCUUUUAUAUGUUUUACUACGUUGCAAUCUUUUCUUUCUGUAGUUUAGUUACUUGUACUUAGUCAAUUCAUGUCCCGCAUUUUAUUUGUUGCCAC